UAAUGCAAAUAAUAUUGCCGCCGCUGCUUCGACCGCAGAAAGCACCAAACCGCCGGUUUGAAUACAAGUACAGUUUCAAGGGACCGCACCUGUCUCAAGCCGACGGGAGUAUUCCUUUUUGGGUACACAGUGGAAGUAAGUUUAAGUUUGUGCCGGUGGCUAGGCUAUUGCUGACCGUUAUCAAUCAUUAUAGUAAGGUGAAUCGGCUGCAAUAGAUAUCUUGCCACUCUAGUCAGCGAUUGUAGCUAGCGGUUUUGCAUGUGGGGGAACAUUUAUGACACGAUUGUUGUAGCUAGCCGGCUACUGCCUGUACCCACUGAUGUCAGUGCAGACAUGGCUUGCUACACAUGGCUAUCAGUAUCAAACACAGUGGCCUGAUAUCAAACUUGUUUCAACAUGUCAUGGCAGUGAAAUAGCCAGCAGCAUCAGGAGACGGGGAGAGAAGUAGGAGAAGGGAAAUGUUAACAGGAUACACAUGCAACAUCAUGCAACAUGCUGACAUAAGUAAAGUUACCAAGUAGCUAGCUAGCUACAUUCAUGCCUGCCAGAUGGCUAAAUCACCCUACCCCAAAGUAUACCAUCUGGUGUUGCCAAACCUACAUUUUAAUUUUGUUUUGUGUAACGCAAAGGGUUAACAAAUCAGUAUCUUUAGAAGCAGUGCAAAGGUCCCAGGCUGGUGUCGACGCAACCUGAUUUAGGAGUCAUUUUGAUACUGUUGGCCGUUUCUUAUCAGGGUACAGCAUAUGGCAUGUUGUUUUACGCACACGAUUGUACUACUGUGACAUUUUGAAUUUGGCCUCAAAAUAUAUACAUAAGCUAUUGUGGGCCUUGGCUAUCUGCCAAACCCUUGACUGCAAUGCUAACAAUACUAGGACUAUGUAUAGGACGCCUAUUUUUUGUCUUUUACAUAAGGUUUCAGAAAGUAAUUAAUCCAUAUUAAUGUUGUCCACAAAGAACCAUGGAAAUAAUAACAAUCCCAGUAACACAUGUACAUGUGUACGUAGGCUUAAGACACAAUGAUUUUGCUAACCUCAAUGUUUGUAAAGAAAUUACCUUCUGGUCAAUUGUUUACCCCGGACCAAUACUGGUUCUCCACCUGUAGUUACACUAUGGGCCAUUCUGGCUUGGACAAGACCUACUUACUUUACUGUAGUUACGCUAAGCAAACAGUUAAACAAGUAUUUCUGGACAUUCACACUCAGUCACAAAGCUUCUGUGCGGUACAGUCAUAACGCAACGGACCGCUAGUGCUUCUGGUACCUGAGCUGUCUUAGCCUUCUGUCACUAAGGGUUUGCUCGGUAUGAAUUUAAGACUUCAUGCCUUAGACUUUACCCCAACCCUGCUAACUAACGUUAACGUCUUGUGUCUGUAUUCCAGAUGCCAUCCCCAGUGCCGACCAGGUCCGUAUCACCCCCUCUCUCAGGAGUCAGAAGGGCUCGGUCUGGACCAAGACCACGGUCAACUUUGACAACUGGGAAGCAGAGGUGACAUUCCGUGUGUCUGGACGAGGGAGGAUGGGAGCGGACGGCCUGGUAAAAGGAACACCAACAAUUCUCCUUUAUUAUAUAAAGAUUGGGAAAUUCACUCAUGUCUAGCUUCACACUAGGCCUUUUCACACAGCAUUUUCUUAGCACAGGGCUAUCCUUAAACCUGGGUUAAAUUUAGCCCAGGGCUAUUCUAUCUUCCUUUCACACAAGCAUUACUUAACCCUGGGCUAACUGCAGUGUGCUUUAAAAACACUGGCUACAGCAUAUGUAUGCAUCUUGUUAUUGUGAAGCUAGCCAAGUGAGCAAGAACACCUUCCUUCCUAUGGCUUCCAUAUACUGACUCUAGCCCAUAGAGAAUGAUAGAGGACUCUUCUUUGUAUCUGUCCAAUUAUGGAGUCUGCGAGCCCACAGGCAGCUCCAUUUUGUCCAUCUCCAUUUUGAAGUAGUCCGUUUUCUUCUACUACUACUUCUGUUGGCUCACAAGUAUAAUUAAUUGGCUGAUGCCUCCUGAUGACCUGGGUGGAAUUAUGUGAACCUUCCUUAACCCAUAGGAAGUCCCACCCAGUUGACUACUUCAGAAUAGAGUACCACAGUACGAGUCAUAAUACCCAUAAAACCUAGCGGUCAAACAAGGAAAUGGUUCCAGUCAUUCUUUCCACCAUUCAUUUUUCCCAUAGGGGAUUUUUUAAGUAACACUUAAAAUAAGGGCUGUGUUUCGUGUAGGCUUACCCUGGCGUGAUGUUUUGAUAACCAUGUAAAUCUCUCUAGGACAAGGUGAUUUUUAUCAAUAUAGUCGCCUGUAUUUACCUCCCCCAAAUUUAAAUGCUAAUGUGGCUAUCAUUAAGAACUACAAAUGCCAUGAUCUGGAAGAGACUGCCGAAUCGAGGCGAAGGUAAGAAUCUCUGGAUUAACUAUCUAAUGUUGGCUAAAUGUAGUAAUUAAUAAAUUGGCAACAUUUCUUUAAAUUCACAAUUCUGUGAACUAUCUUGUGCAAGUUUUAAAUUGACACAAUACCUGUUAGCAAAGGUGUCAGCUUGAGAUGACAUGCAGAAGCUUGCAGGAAUUUGUAAUAUAUUGAUAAAAUUCACCUUGUCCGAGAGAGAUUUACAUGGUUAUCAAAACGUUAUGCCAGGGUAAGCCUACACAAAACACAGCCCUUAUUUUAAGUGUUUCUAAAAAAUCCCUUAUGGGGAAAAAUUUAAUGGUGGAAAAAACGAUUGGAACCAUUUCCCUGUUUGACCGCUCGGUUUUAUGGGUAUUAUGACACCUCCACUGUGGGGCUCUAUGGUGAAAGUCCUCAAUGGCGCUGCCCAUUCAGCCUUUGGCCGCUAGUGUCCUCUAUCAUUAUCUAUGCUCUAGGCCUGGUCACCCUACUGAGCUGAGCCAAGCUGUACUGGCCUGGUCACACAUCCGCCAUAGUUGCUGGAGCCGUGCUGGAAAACACAACGUGAAAAUGAAAUAUCAGAGCCAGCGCAGUAUGUUUUUGGGUCAGCUCAAUAGUGUGAUACGUAAGUGUUCUGAGCCUUUUCUAUGAGACUGUUGGAAGGCCUAUUUACAGUGCAUUUGGAAAGUAUUCAGACCUCUUGACUUUUCCCAAAUUUUUUUACGUUGGUCUUAUUCUAAAAUGGAAUAACUAGUUUUUUCCCCUCAUCAAUGUACGCGCAAUACCCCAUAAUGACAAAGCAAAAACUGGUUUUUUAGAUAUUUUUGCAAAUGUAUAAAAAAAAUCUACAAAAUAAAAAAAUCACAUUUACAUAAGUAUUUCGACCCAUUUACUCAGUACUUUGUUGAAGCACCUUUGGCAGCGAUUACAUCUUCGAGUCUUCUUGGGUAUGAAGCUACAAGCUUGGCACACCUGUAUUUGGGGAGUUUUUCCCAUUCUUCUCUGCAGAUCCUCUCAAGCUCUAUCAGGUUGGAUGGGGAGCGUUGCUGCAAAGCUAUUUUCAGAUCUCUCCAGAGAUGUUACAAUCGUUUUCAAGUCCGGGCUCUGGCUGGGCUACUCAAGGACAUUCAAAGACUUGUCCCAAAGCCACUCCUGCGUUGUCUUGGCUGUGUGCUUAGGGUGGUUGUCCUGUUGGAAGGUGAAGCCUUCGCCCCAGUCUGAGGUCCUGAGCGCUUUGGAGCAGGUUUUCAUCAAGGAUCUCUCUGUACUUUGUUAUGUUCAUCUUUGCCUCGAUCCUGACUAGUCUCCCAGUCCCUGCCGCUGAAAAACCAUUCCCACAGCAUGAUGCUGCCACCACCAUGCUUCACCGUAGGGAUGCUGCCAGGUUUCCUCCAGACGUGAUGCUUGGCAUUCAGGCCAAAGAGUUCAAUCUUGGUUUCAUCAGACCAGAGAAUCUUGUUUCUCAUGGUCGGAGAGUCUUUAGGUGCCUUUUGGCGAAACUCCAAGCUGGCUGUCAUGUGCCUUUUUCUGAGGAGUGGCUUCCGUCUGGCCACUCUACCAUAAAGGCCUGAUUGGUGGAGUGCUGCAGAGAUGGUUGUCCUUCUGGAAGGUUCUCCCAUCUCCACAGAGGAACUCUAAAGCUCUGUCAGAGUGACCAUUGGUUCUUGGUCACCUCCCUGACCAAGGCCCUUCUCCCCCGAUUGCUCAGUUUGGCCGGGCGGCCAUCUCUAGGAAGAGUCUUGGUGGUUCCAAACUUCUUCCAUUUAAGAAUGAUGGAGGCCACUGUGUUCUUGGGGACCUUCAAUGCUGCAGAAAUGUUUUGGUACCCUUCCCCAGAUCUGUGCCUCGACACAAUCCUGUGUCAGCGCUCUACAGACAAUUCCUUCGACCUCAUGGCUUGGUUUUUGCUCUGACAACUGUGGGACCUUAUAUAGACAGGUGUGUGCCUUUCCGAAUCAUGUCCAAUCAAUUGAAUUUACCACAGGUGGACUCCAAUCAAGUUGUAGAAACAUCUCAAGGAUGAUCAAUGGAAACAGGAUGCACCUGAGCUCAAUUUCGACUCUCAUAGAAAAGGGUCUAAAUACUUAUGUAAAUAAGGUAUUUCUGUUUUGUUUUUUGUAAAUUAGCAAAAAAACUAAAAAUUAACUGUUUUCACCUUGUCAUUAUGGGGUAUUGUGUGUUGAUUAUUGAGGAUUUUUGGAAUAAGGCUGUAAUGUAACAAUGUGGAAAAAGUGAAGGGGUCUGAAUACUUUCCGAAGGCACUGUCUGUCCCAUUGAGCUACCUACACCUAUAUCCUGGCAGCUAGUCUGCUGGUAGUGAAUGUGGAGUUGUGCUGACCUUUAGGCUCAGACUUCAGGUUAAUCCCCAUGUUUUUCUGUCCAUGUCUGUCCUGUCCCUGUGUGGCUCAGUUGGUAAAAGCGUGGCGCUAGUAACGCCAAGGUCGUGGGUUCAAGUCCUACAUUAUGCUUUCACUGUACUGUACGUUUCACUGUAUCUGCUGUCCCUCUGCUACUCUACUGUUACCUAUAGUUAUUCAGACAGUUAAACAAGUAUUUUUUGGACAUUCACAGUCUCUCCCUGUCGGUCCCUCAAACAGGCGAUAUGGUUCACCACUGCCCAAGGCCUGGAUGGUCCUGUCUAUGGAGCCGCUGACAACUGGAACGGCCUCGGCAUCUUCUUCGAUUCCUUUGACAACGAUGGGAAGGUUGGUGGCCAAAUCAAUGAUUUAUUAUAUUCAUUUAAUCAAUUUACAAUAAAUGUAUUUAUUUAUUUAAUUAUAGGUAAACCAAAAAAAGUCAAAAGGAUCUUGUAAAUGAAUUCAGGUAAAAAUGACAAUUAACCGUUUUUAAUAAUAUCUGUCAUUUUAAUAUUUUAAUUCAAAUACUACAAUGCAAAUAAUUGGAAAUGCAUGUGGUCCUCUGUAGCUCAAUUGGUAGAGCAUGGCGCUUGUAACGCCAGGGUAGUGGGUUCGAUCCCCGGGACCACCCAUACGUAAAAAUUUAUGCACGCAUGACUGUAAGUCGCUUUGGAUAAAGCGUCUGCGAAAUGGCAUAUUAUUAUUAUUAUUAUUAUUAUUAUUAUGUUAAUACUGUACACACUUUCUUAUCUUGGAUAUAUAUAUUUUUUUCUUCAUAUUUUCAAGUUGAAACCUAGGUCUGAUAACGUAUAUUGAUUGGAAUUAAAGAAACACAAUGUCCUUUAAAACAUAGAUUAGGUAGAUUACAGAUUGUUGUUUGUUUUACUGUUUGUUUUAGAAAAAUAACCCUGCUGUGCUGGUAGUGGGAAACAAUGGUGGACUUGUUUAUGAUCACCCAAAGUAAGUCAACAUUUCCUUCGCCUCGCUGACAUCACCAACUGAACAUUUUACAACUUAAAGAAGAUUAGAAAAUAUGAUUAUAUAUUUGUGGUUGGAGAUUAUAAUCCUCUAUCUCAUCCUAAUCUCCCUGGGCAGUGAAAGCUUUAAAUCACUUUUCUGUGCCAGUUGAUCUAGCCUUAUGUCUUAGAGCUCACACCACUGUAUUCUGUGUCGUCACUACUCUAUCUGUUUACAAUAAUGGGAUAAAUUAAUUUGAACUGUUUUCCUUAAUUUCUGAACUCUCCAAACCAUGUAUUUUCUGUUUGUUUGUGUAUGGAGCCCUAUAUUCUCUGUACUUGCUUCUCCUGCUGCUAUGGUGCAUGUGUCCUUUAUACUUGUUAUAAAUCCAGGUCUGCCUUUGUACUUUGUAUUGUCGAUGCUUGUUGGGAUGAAUGAAUUUCCGUUCUUGUGAUAUAUAAAGUACUACUACUACUACUGAUUCUAAUACUACUAUGUAAUGUUUCUUUAGUGUCUAAAAAUGAUGUUUUAUUUUCAGUGAUGGCACGACUCAGGCCCUGGGGACAUGCUUAAGAGACUUCCGUAACAAACCCUAUCCCGUCAGAGCCAAAAUAACAUACUAUAAGAAAACACUAACAGUAAGUCAAUGAUCAAUCCCCUCAAAUCAAAAACAGAGACAAAUUUGACUGGUGUUUUUAUAUUGGUCAUUUAUUGAGAACACGAUACAAAUAUCAACACCCAAAUGCAUCAAACAACACAGAAAUAUGCCAUUAAAAAAAAAAAUACAUAGUAGUUGAUUGCCCUUGGUUAAUGUGGUAUUCCAUUGUCUGUCCUGUCAGGUGCUGAUCAACAAUGGUUUCACGCCAGAUAAGGAUGACUAUGAGUUCUGUACAAAGGUGGACAACAUGAUCAUUCCACAGGAGGGCUACUUUGGCAUCUCAGCUGCCACUGGUGGUCUAGCAGGUGGUUAUCUUGGUAACGGUUUAAUUGAGGCCUGCAGGUAUAAUGCAUUAUGAUGUGGUUGUAAUGCAUUAUUAAACUUGCCAUAAGCAUGUAUGACCCCCUUUGUAUGUCAUUUCUUUCAAAUUUGAUUUGUACUAUUCCUAAUUUAUUAAACUGCUUAAAUUGUCAAAUUUGGAUAUUGUCAGGUUAUAUUGUUUAAUAAUGAUACAAUUAUUUUGUUUAAUCAUGUUUUAAUGUGUUUUGUUUUACUAAUUUGUUUGUAUGUAACUUUUGUUUUCCAGACGAUCAUGAUGUCCUGUCCUUCCUGACCUUCAGACUAACAGAGCCUGGCCAAGAACUGGUAACUAGAUUUUCUUAGUUAUACCACUCAUAACUGUAACUACUACAUUUUCCACUUACCAUAAGUUAAACCACUUACAGUACCACUCAGUACAAUUUUAAUUGGAAGAACAUCAGAGUGAAAUUGUGAAUUGUGUGCCAUAUUUCUUCAAUAGAGGUAUGCGAAAGCAUUAUGUGAAUAAGGGGCCUCAGUCUCUUCAGCGCUGGUUCACAGGAGUUGUUUUGUCUGUCCCAUUGAAGCCCCCACCUGAAGCAGAGAUGCCCAAGGAGGACAAGGACAAGUACCAGGAAGAAUUUGAGAACUUUCAGCAGGAGCUGGACAAAAAGAAGGAGGACUAUCAGAAGGAGCAUCCGGACGUCCAGGGAGAACCCAGUUAGUUUCACUCAAUAAUAUUUCUCAUACUUCAUCCUCUCUUUGCUAUACGUGUUAUAUUGACUCAAUAUAGAUUUUUUUUCUAUCCUUUUAAUGUUGAGGUUACUAAAUAGUUUGGUAAAUAAAAAAACAACACCAUACAAAUCGAAGUAUUGCAGUUACACCUACAUUUGAAAUUAAGGUUAAUUGCGUGAUGACCUUUAUUUCAUAUGUCAGAAGCAUGCAACUUUGUAAAACAUUUUAAUAGGCCCGCGGACCAUUACAAAUAUAUAGUCUUAGGCUUAUACAGUACCAGUCAAAGGUUUGGACACACCUACUCAUUCAAGGGUUUUUCUUAAUUUUUACUAUUUUCUACAUUGUAGAAUGACAUCAAAACUAUGAAAUAACACAUAUGGAAUCAUGUAGUAACCAAAAAAGUGUUAAACAAAUCAAAAUAUAUUUGAGAUUCUUCAAAGUAGCGCCCUUUUCCUUGAUGACAGCUUUGCACACUCUUGGCAUUCUCUCAACCAGUUUCAUGAGGUAGUCAACUCAAAUGCAUUUAAAUUAACAGGUUUAACGUUAAUUUGUGGAAUUGAUGAAACUGGCUCUCAUGAGGACCGCCACAGGAAAGGAAGACCCAGAGUUUUCUCUGCUGCAAAGGAUAAGUUCAUUAGAGUUAACUGCACGUCAGAUUGCAGCCCAAAUAAAUGCUUCACAGAGUUCAGGUAACAGAUACAUCUCAACAUAAACUGUUCAGAGAAGACUGCAUGAAUCAGGCCUUCAUGGUUGAAUUGCUGCAAAGAAACCACUACUAAAUGACUUGGGCCAAGAAACACGAGCAAUGGUCAUUAGACCGGUGGAAAUUUGUCCUUUGGUCUGAUGAGUCCAAAUUUGAGAUUUUUGGUUCCAACAGCCGUGUCUUUGUGAGACGCAGAGUAGGUGAACGGACGAUCUCCGCAUGUGUGGUUUCCCACCGUGAAGCAUGGAGGAGGAGGUGUGAUGGUGUGGGGAUGCUUUGCUGGUGACACUGUCCGUGAUUUAUUUAGAAUUCAAGGCACACUUAACCAGCAUGGCUACCACAGCAUUCUGCAGCGAUACGCCAUCACAUCUGGUUUGGGCUUAGUGGGACUAUCAUUUGUUUUUCAAUAGGACAAUGACCCAAAACACACCUCCAGGCUGUGUAAGGGCUAUUUGACCAAGAAGGAGUGAUGAAGUGCUGCAUCAGAUGACCUGGCCUCCACAAUCACCUGACCUCAACCCAAUUGAGAUGGUUUGGGAUGAGUUGGACCACAGUGUGAAGGAAAAGCAGCCAACAAGUGCUCAGCAUAUGUGGGAACUCCUUCAAGACUGUUGGAAAAAGCAUUCCUCAUGAAGCUGGUUGAGAGAAUGCCAAGAGUGUGCAAAGCUGUCGUCAAGGUGAAGGGUGGCAACUUUGAAGAAUCUAAAAUAUAAAAUAUAUUUUGAUUUGUUUAACACUUUUUGGUUACUACAUGAUUCCAUAUGUGUUCUUUCAUAGUUUUGAAAAUAGUUUUUAAAAAAUAAAUAAGAAAAACCCUUAAAUGAGUAGGUGUGUGUCAACUUUUGACUGGUACUGUAUACAUAGAAGACUAGCAGAGCCUGGCCAUAUAUACUGUGUGUGUAUGUAUAUAUACAUAUACAGCUCUGGAAAAAAUUAAGAGACCACUGCAAAAUUAUCAGUUUCUCUGGUUUUACUAUUUAAAGGUAUGUGUUUGGGUAAAAUUAACAUUUUUGUUUUAUUCUAUAAACUACUGACAACAUUUCUCCCAAAUUCCAAAUAAAAAUAUUGUAAUUUAGAGCAUUUAUUUGCAGAAAAUGACAACUGGUCAAAAUAACAAAAAAGAUGCAGUGUUGUCAGACCUCAAAUAAUGCAAAGAAAAUAAGUUCAUGUUCAUUUUUAAACAACACAAUACUAAUGUUUUAACUUAGGAAGAGUUCAGAAAUCAAUAUUUGGUGGAAUAACCCUGAUUUCCACCAGUCUUUCACAUUGAUGUUGGGUGACCUCCCGAGUGGCGCAGUGGUCUAAGGCACUGCAUCGCAGUGCUAGCUGUGCCACUAGAUAUCCUGGUUCGAAUCCAGGCUCUGUCGUAGCCGACCGCGACCGGGAGACCCAUGGGGCGGCGCACAAUUGGCCCAGCGUCGUCCAGGGUAGGGGAGGGAAUGGCCGGCAGGGAUGUAGCUCAGUUGGUAGAGCAUGGUGUUUGCAACGCCAGGGUUGUGGGUUCGAUUCCCACGGGGGGCCAGUAUGAACAAUUAAAAAAAUUAUAAUGUAUGCACUCACUAACUGUAAGUCGCUCUGGAUAAGAGCGUCUGCUAAAUGACUAAAAUGUAAAUGUAAAUGUGACUUUAUGCCACUCCUGGCGCAAAUAUUCAAGCAGCUUUGUUUGAUGGCUUGUGACCAUCCAUCUUCCUCUUGAUCACAUUCCAGAAGUUUUCAGUGGGGUUCAGGUCUGGAGAUUGGGCUGGCCAUGACAGGGUCUUGAUCUGGUGGUCCUCCAUCCACACCUUGAUUGACCUGGCUCUUUGGCAUGGCGCAUUGUCCUGCUGGAAAAACCAAUACUCAGAGUUGGGGAACAAUGUCAGAGCAAAAGGAAGCAAGUUUUCUUCCAGGACAACCUUGUACGUGGCUUGAUUCAUGCGUCCUUCACAAAGACAAAUCUGUCAGAUUCCUGCCUUGCUGAAGCACCCCCAGAUCAUCACCGAUCCUCCACCAAAUUUCACAGUGGGUGCGAGACACUGUGGCUUGUAGGCCUCUCCAGGUCUCCGUCUAACCAUUAGAUGACCUGGUGUUGGGCAAAGCUGAAAAUUGGACUCAUCAGAGAAGAUUACCUUACUCCAGUCCUCUACAGUCCAAUCCUUAUGGUCUUUUGCAAACCUCAGCCUGGCUCUUCUUUGCUUCUCAUUGAUGAAGGGCUUUUUUCUAGCUUUGUACGACUUCAGCCCUGCCCCUAGGAGCCUGUUUCGAACCCAGCUGCCGUUUGCCAUUAUUUUUGUAGGUCACUUGAUGUCAUCCUACGGUUGUUGAGUGACAUUCGAAUGAGUUGGCGGUCAUCCCGGUCAGAGAGAGAGUCGUUUUCGCCCUCUGCCGGUCUGGAGCUUUGUUGUCCCCAAUGUCUGCUGCUUGACCUUGUUCUUAUGAACUGCCGUCUUUGAAAUUUUAAGGACGGAAGCAACCUGACGCUCACUGUAUCCCUCUGCCAGUAAAGCCAGAAUUGAACCCUUUUCCUCACUCAACUUUCCUUUUCAACUCUUUUGGCAUGGUCCGUAGUUAUUUUUUGAUUAAUAUUACUUUUGAGGUACUAUUAGCACUGUUUUUUGCCAUCCAGCAGGUCCUAUUGCAAGAGGAUAGUCAUGAACACAGCAGUGUUUGUUUUAUAUUUUUCCUCGUUAAAUAAGAUUUUGUUCAGGUGAUCACCUAAUCAGUACCUAAUUCAGUAGAAUGAGGUGUGCCUGUGUUGGAAUUCAACAGACACUGGAAUGGAAUGGCUGUCAUACAUGUAGAGAUGCUGAUUUAAGAAAAAUGUGCAGUGGUCUCUUAAUUUUUUCCAGAGGUGUGUGUGUGUGUAUGUAUGUGUAGAUAUAGAUAUAGAUAUAGAUGUAUAGAUAUGUAUAUAUAGAUAUGUAUAUAUAUAAAUAGAUGUGUGUGUGUGUGUGUGUGUAUAUAUAUAUAUAUAUAUAUAUAUAUAUAUAUAUAUAUAUAUAUAUAUAUAUAUAUAUAUAUAUAUAUAUAUAUAUAUAUAUAUAUAUAUAUAUAUAUAUAUUAUAUACAGUAGGGAAAAAAUGUAUUUAGGCAGCCACCAAUUGUGCAAGUUCUCCCACUUAAAAAGAUGAGAGGCCUGUAAUUUUCAUCAUAGGUACACGUCAACUAUGACAGACAAAUUGAGAUUUUUUUUCUCCAGAAAAUCACAUUAUAGGAUUUUUAAUGAAUUUAUUUGCAAAUUAUGGUGGAAAAUAAGUAUUUGGUCAAUAACAAAAGUUUCUCAAUACUUUGUUAUAUACCCUUUGUUGGCAAUGACACAGACACAGGUCAAACAUUUUCUGUAAGUCUUCACAAGGUUUUCACACACUGUUGCUGGUAUUUUGGCCCAUUCCUCCAUGCAGAUCUCCUCUAGAGCAGUGAUGUUUUGGGGCUGUCGCUGGGCAACACGGACUUUCAACUCCCUCCAAAGAUUUUCUAUGGGGUUGAGAUCUGGAGACUGGCUAGGCCACUCCAGGACCUUGAAAUGCUUCUUACGAAGCCACUCCUUCGUUGCCCGGGCGGUGUGUUUGGGAUCAUUAUCAUGCUGAAAGACCCAGCCACGUUUCAUCUUCAAUGCCCUUGCUGAUGGAAGGAGGUUUUCACUCAAAAUCUCACGAUACAUGGCCCCAUUCAUUCUUUCCUUUACACGGAUCAGUCGUCCUGGUCCCUUUGCAGAAAAACAGCCCCAAAGCAUGAUGUUUCCACCCCCAUGCUUCACAUUAGGUAUGGUGUUGUUUGGAUGCAACUCAGCAUUCUUUGUCCUCCAAACACGACGAGUUGAGUUUUUACCAAAAAGUUAUAUUUUGGUUUCAUCUGACCAUAUGACAUUCUCCCAAUCCUCUUCUGGAUCAUCCAAAUGCACUCUAGCAAACUUCAGACGGGCCUGGACAUGUACUGGCUUAAGCAGGGGGACACGUCUGGCACUGCAGGAUUUGAGUCCCUGGCGGCGUAGUGUAUUACUGAUGGUAGGCUUUGUUACUUUGGUCCCAGCUCUCUGCAGGUCAUUCACUAGGUCCCCCCGUGUGGUUCUGGGAUUUUUGCUCACCGUUCUUGUGAUCAUUUUGACCCCACGGGGUGAGAUCUUGCGUGGAGCCCCAGAUCGAGGGAGAUUAUCAGUGGUCUUGUAUGUCUUCCAUUUCCUAAUAAUUGCUCCCACAGUUGAUUUCUUCAAACCAAGCUGCUUACCUAUUGCAGAUUCAGUCUUCCCAGCCUGGUGCAGGUCUACAAUUUUGUUUCUGGUGUCCUUUGACAGCUCUUUGGUCUUGGCCAUAGUGGAGUUUGGAGUGUGACUGUUUGAGGUUGUGGACAGGUGUCUUUUAUACUGAUAACAAGUUCAAACAGGUGCCAUUAAUACAGGUAACGAGUGGAGGACAGAGGAGCCUCUUAAAGAAGAAGUUACAGGUCUGUGAGAGGCAGAAAUCUUGCUUGUUUGUAGGUGACCAAAUACUUAUUUCCACCAUAAUUAGCAAAUAAAUUCAUUAACAAUCCUACAAUGUGAUUUUCUGGAGAAAAAAAUUCUCCAUUUGUCUGUCAUAGUUGACGUGUACCUAUGAUGAAGAUUACAGGCCUCUCUCAUCUUUUUAAGUGGGAGAACUUUGCACAAUUGGUGGCUGACUAAAUACUUUUUUCCCCCACUGUACAGUGAGGGAAAAAAGUAUUUGAUCCCCUGCUGAUUUUGUACGUUUGCCCACUGACAAAGAAAUGAUCAGUUUAUAAUUUUAAUGGUAGGUUUAUAUGAACAGUGAGAGACAGAAUAACAACAAAAAAUCCAGAAAAACGCAUGUCAAAAAUGUUAGAAAUUGAUUUGCAUUUUAAUGAGGGAAAUAAGUAUUUGACCCCUCUGCAUAACAUGACUUAGUACUUGGUGGCAAAACCCUUGUUGGCAAUCACAGAGGUCAGAUGUUUCUUGUAGUUGGCCACCAGGUUUGCACACAUCUCAGGAGGGAUUUUUGUCCCACUCCUCUUUGCAGAACUUCUCCAAGUCAUUAAGGUUUCGAGGCUGACGUUUGUCAACUCGAACCUUCAGCUCCCUCCACAGAUUUUCUAUGGGAUUAAGGUCUGGAGACUGGCUAGGCCACUCCAGAACCUUAAUGUGCUUCUUCUUGAGCCAUUCCUUUGUUGCCUUGGCCGUGUGUUUUGGGUCGUUGUCAUGCUGGAAUACCAAUCCACGACCCAUUUUCAAUGCCCUGGCUGAGGGAAGGAGGUUCUCACCCAAGAUUUGACGGUACAUGGCCCUGUCCAUCGUCCCUUUGAUGCGGUGAAGUUGUCCUGUCCCCUUAGCAGAAAAACACCCCCAAAGCAUAAUGUUUCCACCUCCAUGUUUGACGGUGGGGAUGGUGUUCUUGGGGUCAUAGGCAGCAUUCCUCCUCCUCCAAACACGGCGAGUUGAGUUGAUGCCAAAGACCUCGAUUUUGGUCUCCUCUGCCCACAACACUUUCACCCAGUUCUCCUCUGAAUCAUUCAGAUGUUCAUUGGCAAACUUCAGACGGGCCUGUAUAUGUGCUUUCUUGAGCAGGGGGACCUUGCGGGCGCUGCAGGAUUUCAGUCCUGCACGGCGUAGUGUGUUACUAAUUGUUUUCUUGGUGACUAUGGUCCCAGCUGCCUUGAGAUCAUUGACAAGAUCCUCCCGUGUAGUUCUGGGCUGAUUCCUCACCGUUCUCAUGAUCAUUGCAACUCCACGAGGUGAGAUCUUGCAUGGAGCCCCAGGCCGAGGGAGAUUGACAGUUCUUUUGUGUUUCUUCCAUUUGCGAAUAAUCGCACCAACUGUUGUCACCUUCUCACCAAGCUGCUUGGCGAUGGUCUUGUAGCCCAUUCCAGCCUUGUGUAGGUCUACAAUCUUGUCCCUGACAUCCUUGGAGAGCUCUUUGGUCUUGGCCAUGGUGGAGAGUUUGGAAUCUGAUUGAUUGCUUCUGUGGACAGGUGUCUUUUAUACAGGUAACAAACUGAGAUUAGGAGCACUCCCUUUAAGAGUGUGCUCCUAAUCUCAGCUCGUUACCUGUAUAAAAGACACCUGGGAGCCAGAAAUCUUUCUGAUUGAGAGGGGGUCAAAUACAUAUUUCCCUCAUUAAAAUGCAAAUCAUUUUACAACAUUUUGACAUGCGUUUUUUCGGGAUUUCUUUUGUUGUUAUUCUGUCUCUCACUGUUCAAAUAAACCUACCAUUUAAAAUUAUAGACGGAUCAUUUCUUUGUCAGUGGGCAAACGUACAAAAUCAGCAGGGGAUCAAAUACUUUUUUCCCUCACUGUAUAUAUCAACAGUAAAUUGAGACCCCCACUGAGAUCUCUCUCUCUCUGCUCUCUCUCUCUCUACUCUCUCUCUCCUCUCUAUCUCUCUCUCUCUCUCUCUCUCUCUCUCUCUCUCUCUCUCUCUCUCUCUCUCUAUCUCUCUCUCUCUCUCUCUCUCUCCUCUCUCCUCUCUCCUCUCUCCUCUCUCCUCUCUCCUCUCUCUCUGUGUUGGGGUUUCAAUUUACUGUUUAGAGUUAGAAUAAGGUACAAUUGCGACAUGUGGUUGUGCAUCAGCAAUCACUCAAUUAGCCCAUGUCAGCAAUUUCUUUUUAGAAUGGUAAGUUAGUCUAGCGGCCAGCUAUCUAAACUUGUAGUAAUCAUAGUCGAAUUGCCGACCGGGGUGGGGCCCAUUGAUCAUCAGUUAUCAUAUUAAAAACUGCAAACAUUUAACUCCAUCCUAUAGAAAAAUGUGUAGAAUUGCAGGAAAUUAGCUGUAAAACUGCUAAUUUUUUCUCUUCGCCCCAUGGCAAAAUAUGUAGAAUUACAGCAAACUAUUUUAAAACAACAACAUUAUCUCUACGCCCCAUGGCAGCAAAAUGUGCAGAAUUGUAGGAAAUGAACUUUAAAAUACUUUUUUAUUUAUUUUGCUGUCACGAGGGUGGCCGCUAAAAUGUUUUGCUCGCAAGGGGGGAUGAAUGAAUGGAUGGAUGUGUCCAUCUGCUAAUACUAGAUGUUGACGAUAGAUGCUAGGCUGCCCAGAUGUUAAUACUAGAUGCUAACUAUAGAUGCUAGGCUGCCCAGAUGUUAAUACUAGAUGCUAACGAUAGAUGCUAGGCUGCCCAGAUGUUAAUACUAGAUGCUAACGAUAGAUGCUAGGCUGCCCAGAUGUUAAUACUAGAUGCUAACGAUAGAUGCUAGGCUGCCCAGAUGUUAAAACUAGAUGCUAACGAUAGAUGCUAGGCUGCCCAGAUGUUAAUACUAGAUGCUAACGAUAGAUGCUAGGCUGCCCAGAUGCUAAUACUAGAUGCUAACGAUAGAUGCUAGGCUGCCCAGAUGCUAAUACUAGAUGCUAAUGAGACCUUCUGUCUGAUUUGUGUCCUGUGUAGUUGAGGACAUGUAUGAGAGUGUGAACGACAGGGAGAUCCGCCAAGUGUUUGAGGGCCAGAACCGGAUCCAUCUGGAGAUCAAGCAGCUUCACCGUCAGCUGGCCAUGAUCCUGGACGAACAGCGCCGCUACGUUUCCGUGGUUACCGAUGAGAUCUCCAAGCGCCAAGGGGAGUCUGGAGGACAGGUGGGACAGGUAGAAAGUCUAGGAACCCACGAGUGCACAUACAUACAAACACACACGUACAAGAACACACACACACACACACACACAUUGUUCAUAUCAAUAGAGCCACACACAAAUACAGAAUUUGAUCACUUUACUAAAAAGAAUGAUAACAUGUUUCAAUAAUUGCCCCCUUGGGUGAUGAAUAAGUUUAUUGAAUUGUUUGAUUCUUCAGGCUCCUAGUCAAGAGAUGGGUGCAGUGGUUGCAACACAACAGGAGGUACUGAGGAACCUGAACGAGUUG